AGGAGCAACAACGACAACCCAUCAUUGUUGACCAAUACCAACUCUCUUCUUCUUCAUCACUUUCACAGUCGCCCACACCUACUUUUUCUUCAUGGAGACUACUAACUGUGCGUUGCUUGCUUGUUGCUCUAAAAUGGCAAGUGGAGAAAGGAGAAAGAAUCCAACCCUGAUUUGUGUUCCAAUUAUCGGGGAUUCGGUAGAGCAGAUGUUGGUUGAUGCGGGUAAGGCAAAGGCUAGUGGUGCGGACCUUGUGGAAAUCAGAUUGGAUAGUUUGAAGAGUUUCAGCCCUCAUGAGGAUCUCAAAAUCAUAAUCAAAGAUUGCCCUUUGCCAACUUUGUUCACCUACAGACCAACAUGGGAAGGCGGUCUAUAUGAUGGUGAUGAAAAAAAGCGACUGGAUGUGUUACGAUUAGCCAUGGAGUUGGGAGCUGAUUACAUUGAUGUUGAGCUUCAGGUUGCUCGUGAGUUCAACAAUUCCAUUUGUGGGAAGAAGCCUGAAAAGUGCAAAGUCAUUGUUUCUUCUCAUAACUAUCAAAAUACUCCAUCUGCUGAAGAUCUUGGUAAUCUUGUGGCAACUAUACAAGCUACUGGAGCUGAUAUUGUGAAAAUUGCUACCACUGCUUUGGACAUAACUGAUGUGGCUCGCAUUUUCCAAAUAACUGUGCAUUCUCAAGUAAGCAACGUUCCGGUUAUUGGACUUGUCAUGGGUGAGAGGGGUUUGAUUUCACGGAUAAUUUGUGCAAAAUUUGGUGGUUAUCUCACUUUUGGUACCCUUGAGUCUGGAAUUGUUUCAGCUCCUGGUCAACCAACUAUCAGAGAUCUUAUGGAUCUAUACAAUUUUAGACAGAUAGGACCUGAUACAAAAGUAUUUGGGAUUAUUGGGAAGCCUGUUGGCCACAGCAAAUCACCUGUUUUGUAUAAUGAAGCGUUCAAGUCUGUUGGUUUCAAUGGGGUUUAUGUUCAUUUGUUGGUGGAUGAUGUUGCAAAAUUUUUCCAGACUUACUCGUCCAGUGAUUUUGCUGGUUUCAGUUGUACAAUUCCUCACAAGGAGGCUGCAGCAAAGAUCUGUGAUGAGGUUGAUCCAGUUGCAAAGUCAAUAGGUGCUGUUAAUUGUAUUGUAAGAAGGAGUGACGGAAAGUUAUUUGGUUGCAAUACGGACUACAUUGGUGCUAUUUCUGCCAUUGAGGAUGGACUAAGAGGUAAAGGUAACGGUAGUGGCAUAGUUGGUUCACCUUUAGCGGGUAAGUUAUUUGUGAUCAUUGGUGCUGGUGGUGCGGGCAAGGCACUUGCAUAUGGUGCAAAAGAAAAGGGAGCAAGGGUUGCGAUUGCCAAUCGCACAUAUGAACGAGCCAAAGAACUUGCCAAUGUUGUUGGAGCAGAAGCUUUGUCCCUUACUGAUCUGAAUAACUUCCAUCCAGAGGAUGGUAUGAUUCUUGCAAACACAACGUCUAUUGGGAUGCAACCAAAAGUAGAUGAAACACCAAUUUCUAAGGAUGUGUUGAAAUAUUAUUCGCUUGUUUUCGAUGCUGUUUAUACCCCCAAAGUAACCAGACUCUUGAGAGAAGCUGGAGAAUCUGGAGCCAUUACUGUUUCUGGAUUGGAGAUGUUCAUUGGACAGGCAUACGAACAAUAUGAGAGGUUCACUGGAUUGCCUGCACCCAAGGAGCUAUUCCGGAAAAUCAUGGCAAAGUACUGAUAAGUAUCGGUGGCAAUAACAUUAUUCAUGGUGAUGCAGCCAAAGGCACCUGUGAUUCUCUUGGUGGAUGCAGCAAUGGUGAUUCGUGUUAUUGUUUUUGUUUACAAGGAAGGAUCAUUUCCUUCUUUUUCAAUUUAACUCCCACUCCUUAGGAUUUUCUCUUCUUAUGGUUUGGUAUUGUACAACUUUUUGCUUUGUGUAAUCUUAUCUGAUUUCUAUGUGGGUUAUUAUGGCCUGUUGACCAGUCGUAUUCUUAUUUUUAUUUUAUAAUAAAUUGUCAUUGUUUUCGA